AUGGCUUCAGAGCUAAAGGUUGAAGUAACUCACAAGGAAACAAUUAAACCAUCCUCUGCAACUCCUCACCAUCUUAAAACUGUCAACCUCUCUGUUUUCGACCAGCUUAUUCCUCAAAUUUAUAUCCCACUACUUCUCUUCUAUCCCAGCACUAGCAGUGAUGAGGUCAACGAUAUUGAUCAUCACCGUUCUUUGGUUGUUGAAAGAUCCAAGCUUCUAAAGAAAUCCUUACGCGAAGCCCUCACUCACUUCUAUCCUUUUGCAGGGGAAUUCCAAGAUAAUAUUUCAAUCAGUUGCAAUGACCAUGGGGCUGCAUUUCUUGAGGCCCAAGUCAACUGCCCCGUUUCAAUGAUUUUGGACAGACCAGAUCUUGGGAUGCUAUGGAAACUGCUUCCAUCUGGUCAUACAAGCUAUCUUCUACAAGUCCAGGCCAACUUCUUUGAGUGUGGUGGAUUAGCAAUCGGAGUCAACAUUUCACAUAAGGUCGCAGAUGCUUCUACCCUGAGCAAAUUCAUUAACAGCUGGGCUGCAAUAGCACUUGGCUUAGCCAGUACUACAGACCAUGUGGUGCCUCCUGCAGAAUUUGGUGUUGCAGCUUCUCUUUUCCCACCACUAGAUUUCCUAAACGCACCGCAAACGCCUAGUAGUGGCAGCGCAAACUCCGGUAUCAAAGAAAAGUGCAUAACAAGGAGAUUUGUGUUUGAUGCCUCAAAGAUUGCUGCUCUCAAGUCCAAAGCUGCCACUACCACUGUGCCAAAUCCUACGCGUGUUGAAGUCGUCUCCGCACUCAUUUGGAAGUGUGCAGCUGAAGCAUCAAGAUCAAACUUGGAGUCGGUAAUGCCCUCUGCGUGGUGUCAAACGGUGAACAUGAGGAAAGUACUUGUUAGCGUCUUGGCAGGUAAAGACUUACUGGGGAAUGUUUUCGGUUUGGUUGCAGGACAGAGGGAAGAAAUUGUUGAAGUAGAUGAUCAUGAUCUUCAAAGCUUGGUUACUAUAUUGAGGAAGGGAAUUGAGGAAUUUAAAGACAACUAUAGAAACGGAGUUAGUGGGGAGGGUUUAUGUCAACUUUUCAAGGAGGUUGUGAACCUCAUCAUAAGGGAUGAUAUAGACAGCUACAGUUGCUCCAGUUGGUGCAGGUUUCCCUUCUACACAUCCAAUUUCGGAUGGGGAAAGCCAUCAUGGGUUGUCACCCCUAAUGUAGAUUCCAAGAAUUUAAUUGUAUUGAUGGAUACAAAAGAUGGUGAUGGCUUAGAAGCGUCCUUAACUUUGAAGGAAGAAGACAUGACCAAAUUUGAAAACAACAAGGAGGUGCUUGAAUACGCAUCUUUGAAUCCAUGUUAUUUUAGUUAG